CCCACAUCAUCGUCUCUCAUCAUCGUCUCUCAUCAGCGCGCUUGCAUAUUGUGUUGUCGAGAAUGACCCAUAAGGUGUCCGCCACGGAUGUUCGCCUUUCCAGUCCACCCACCUUGAGAGGUGGUCUGCAUCUUUCAAGUGUCUCACAAAUUGGCACUCUUGAUAGACUAACCCAUGCAAGACGAGCCCUACAGCAGAAACUCGUGCGAAGUGAAGGAUCUGGCAGGGACGUUACGGAGCAGAAACUUCUUGACCUUCUCUGUGAAGUGGCAAUUGAUUCCCACUCGAAGCUGUCUGCCAUCUGUAAGAAGUACGAUAACAUGAAUGAGGCAAUCAAGGCCCAGCAGUCAGCUUUUUCUGGUCAUCGUCAGGUCGUAGAGGAAGAGGCGAGUGAGCAGGCGACCACAAUCACCGAACUCGUGCAGAAGUCGAGGUUGCUCGAGGGAAUUACUCUAGGUCAUCGUUCUGCUCCGUCUGCGUUCAUUGUACGAAGAGCGACGGACGUAGUUCGAUAUCAUGUCGCGCGUGGCUUUAUGAUUGUCCUCCCGGACUUCUUCGAGCCACGCGACAUCCUGAUUCGGUUCGAUGAGACAGCGACCUCAGUCAAUUGGAACAAAUUUCUGAGAGUGCUGAACGAUAAUUACCUCUUUCAUUUCCGCGUCGAGAAGACAGGAAGUGAAGGGUACAGAAUUCGGCCCCAUUACUCUGUUUUCUACCGUUUCGCAGGCACUGAGGGCAAGCGUCUUGAUGGCAUCGAGACCGAGGUUUAUCCAAAUGUCAAGCUCGUCGAGGAGUUUAUGGGUGAUAAUUUCGCCUACGAUGAUUGCUACGAGAACGGGCGAUUCGUCAGGGAAUCUCAAGUCGAUUUCUUGCGACGGAUCCUGGAGUUUUUCAUCCCCGCAUUGAUUUGGGAGUUUAACGUUGCCAAGAAGUUGCUCAUAUCCGCAGAUGCAAGUCUUCGUGAUGCGCAGGCACAGUAUGACUUUCAUUGCAAACUGGUGGAGGCAGUCCGCAGUGGCCAUAGUUAUGAUGACAUAGCACCCUCUCAGGUAUCUGUUGAUCGACAUGCCGCCUCCCGAUUUGAUAUCGGCACGGCUUUCGAGGUCCGGAAGCAGGAGCCAUGGAGUAAAUUUAUCCUUAGCAAGAGGUUGUCCUCGGGCUCAAUGCCAAAAGGUCCUGGCAGACAAUGGAAUGGCCGAGAGAAACGCAAGGCAGAUGCAGAUGGAGCCAGCUUGGAAGAUGUUCCACGCACCAGACUCAGGACUAGUCCAGUUUCUUCCACCAGAACGCUGUCCAAUACCAGUUAUAGCAGUAGCAGGCGCUACGAGCACGGCAUAGACGCUUUGUACCGCACAGCCGAGUCGUACGGCUCGUCUGAUCCACGCUCAUUUCUUCCGUCAUCCUCGCGUGACAAGGGCGCUGAACUUACAGAGUCAACCCCACUGUCCCCGCAAAACGGAGCCUCCGCAGCCGUCGAACCGGCGGUUAAGUUGUCUCAAUUGGCGAUGCUGUUGUUGGAGAGCUUGGAAGAGAGAGCGGAGGCUCUUAAGCGAAAUCUGGAGUAUGCUAAGAAGCGUUGCCAGAUAUAUUCCAUCAAGUUCAACGCGCUCAGAAUGUCAUUGCAUGCAAUUCUUGAUGCCAGGCUGAUGCGAGUAGCAGUGCUCGGAGACUCGUUCGUACGUCGAGUUGUGAAUCAGCUUGCACACAAGAAGCACGAAUACACCGACACGGUCCGCGAGGCACUGGCCAGUUCCGCGAUGUUGAUCAAAGAGUCUGGCUUGAGCGGAGACGAAGACGAGCAAGACAUCAACUAUGACGAGGCGCUGAAAGAAAUCGAGGAACAACUCUACUCGAGCAACGAUUACUUCGAAACGGGGAAAACAACCACAGAGAAGAAAAUCGAUUCAUUCGUUGAGGACAUGGCCACGCCGGUUGCAGGGAAAGUAAACUCAGACUACCACAUUCUGUUACAGUGGUUGGAUUCGCUGAAACCCAUACCGGCGGAAUCGACGUGAGUUGGCUUACCGCUGUUAGUCGUAAGUUGUAUUUGCUCGUCGGACGGACAUUGGGCCCCCGAGAACAUUCUCUCUGUCUUUAUGUGCUCCUGUCUUUGUCGGAAUUUGUGUAUCAGUAAGAAACCAUUGUUCGAUAUGGUGGUAGUGGUCUGCCUUUAUGCUUCCCUUCUGCUUUGUCGCUGUAGGUAUACAUCGUUCUAUGUAGGAGCACCAACAUACAUUUAUCCUCCCUUCUCGUGUAUGUUCGUCGGAAUUGGUGUACCAGAGUGCUUAUUUAUAAUCCCCUGUCGUUUGAACUUUC